AUGACGACUAAUACAUCGAACGAAAUGUCACAGCUACAAUCGAAACUUGACGAGCUAACUCGAUUAUCAGAAACUGACUACGAAACAAAUAAAACGGUGACGAUUUUUCAAUAUUUUGAUAAAAUCUACACAUUAACUUACAACACAUCGAAUUUUCAAACAUUAAUCGACACUUUACUCCAAAGAGAAUAUGCUAAACUCUGCUAUCCAAUAUUGAAACGAAUCCAUACUGAUGUAUUUCUAACUCAACAACGAUGGCACGUCAGUUAUUACUUAGUUCAUACAUUAUGGAAUUAUACAGACAAAUCCACUGCAAUGUGCACAGCUGUGGUCGAUGCACAACUUGUGCCAAUGUUGAUUUAUAAUCUCAAUCAUGAAAAUUAUUUGCGAAACUUUUCAUCAAAUGAUGCAAUCAAGAAACUAUUCGAUAUGAUUGUUUCAAUUUUGCAUAAUAUUGCUCAAGUGCCUGAAUUGGUUAAUCAUCUACGACAGCAUCAAUGUUUAGAAGCUUUAAAUCGACUGAUUCCCAUCGUUGGUUCACAUAAUAUCUUUCUCAGAGGAAUUUCGUAUUUAACUUUAGCGUAUAUUAUUCGAGAGGAUGAACGAGUUUAUUUGACUAACUCGAACGAGUCGAUACCGUAUUUGGUUGAUCUUUUAAGUCGAGCAGUUACCAACAAUGAACGUCGAUCGAAUGGAUUGGAAGCUCGAGAACUAUGUAAAGGUCUAUCGAAAUUAUCAGUCGCUGAUAAUAACAAACACAAAAUUUCUGCGGAAGGAAAAUUACUCGAUAGUCUAUUGAAUAUGUUGGAACAGCAUACAAAUACUCAGGAACAAAUAUCUGCUUGUACAUUAAUUUGGAGUUUAGCAUUUGAUCCAAAUGUUCGAAAAGUUUAUAGUGAUCAUAAGCGAUUGAAUGAAAUUCUACAUAAUAUCGCUCAAACAGCGUCCAAUGAUGAAUUACGACGAUCAGCAUCGGGAUGUUUAUGUACGUUGAUGGGUGGGCCGAAACCACCGGCAAGCAAAGCAUCACCUACAGAGAAAACCGAUAGGAAUGUAAUGAUUUCUUAUAAUCAUGAUAAUAAACAAUUAUCCAAACAAAUUAAAGAGCAUUUAGUAGCUGAUGGUUAUAAUGUUUGGAUUGAUCUGGAAAAAAUGCAUGGCAAUUUACUGGAUGCCAUGUCUGAUGCUAUUGAAAAUUCGUCGAUUUUUCUCAUGUGUUACACAGAAAAAUACAAAGAUUCACCCAGUUGUCGACUAGAAUGCGAAUAUGCAUAUCAACGCAAAAAGCAUAUAGUUCCGCUUCUCUUCCAGCCCAAUUACAAACCUGAUGGUUGGCUCGGUAUUAUCGUUGGCACUAGAGUAUAUGUCAAUUUCGCGAAAAAGCCGUUUGAAACAGCUUACUCAGAAACAAUUUCUGAACUUCAAGCUUUAAACACUCGAACAGAGAAGAAACCGACGAUCUCGCCAUCCAAUAAACCAGCACCUCCACCUCCCGAACCACCGCGUUCAGCACCAACACAAACUGCUGCUGCUGCUACAGCAGGGGCAAGCGAAACACUGGCUUCACGUACUAGUCCUCCGCCGAAUACUUUAGUGCAUUUAAUGUCACAAUUUCGAAUGGAUAAAGCAUCCGAGCCCAUGCCAAUUUCAGUGACUACUCUGGAAAAAAUGUCUCUCAGAGAUACACAACAUCUAUUAGGUGAACAUGGUUUAGAAAAAUUUCUUCCUAUGUUUGUCGAUAUCGACGGUCCCAAAUUACUCAAGUUAUUCGAAAUAAAACAUAAGGCACCCCAAUGCUACUACAUGCUUAUCAAAGAAAAGUUAGAUCAAAUGCCACAAGAAGCUAAAGAUCGAAGCCAUAUUUCAACGUUUAAUACGCCAAAGUCAACAACCACCGCUCCAACAAUGGCUCAAUUUCUUCAGCUAAUGCUUGCUCUUGACAAGCUCGCUGACCGAUGUGCAUUCAAAUAG